AUGGCGCGGCGGAGACCCCGACGGGCGGCCUCCAGCAGCAGUGACGACGACAACCCUACGGAUAAGCUGUUCCGCACGAAUACCAGCAGCGAGCCUGACUGUGGGUAUGAGACCGAGCUGACUGACCCAGACUGGAGUCCUCCUCGUGCUGGAUGCGAGGGCAGGAAGCAUCAAUGGCAGCAGCAGCAGCAAUCACAUCGCUCGCGACAAGCAUCAGCGGUGAAACAUGACGCAGAGGAUCGGAUCGACUUGAGUCUCUACGGAAGCCUCGAUGAGGAUCCCCCGGAUGAUACAGAUGAGAACCUGUCAGAUGUUCCCUCAGAUUAUGGGGGUUCUAAACACACCAGGAAAAAAAAGCUCCGUGCAAAAACAUAUUGGGCGCGCUACUGCGGGAGAAAGGCGUUAGAACCAGCGGCAGCUCCCAGAUGGAGUGAUCCUGCGGAGGCGAUCCGAGCGGCGACCGCGAAUGAUGUGCACCGGUUCUUCAACUGGAUUCUGGGCAAGCUAAAGCGCGGGCAAGGCGGCCGCAGACUCAAAGGCUUCAAGAAGGCCGAUUCCCUCGAGACCGAGUGGAAGUAUCUGCAUAAUCACUAUGUGAAGAUGACGGGGGAGCCAAUGAGUGACAAGAUGAGGGACGAUAUUCGUCGGGGCAUGCGGUCUCUGAUCGACAAGUAUAAACUUGAUGAUCAGGUGCGCGACAACACUCCUGUCUACAUUGAGGAUAUGAUUCCCUUCAAUGAGACCAUUCUCAGCACGCGGGAAAAGCGAUUCCACCUGGGCAUCCAGCGCCUCCUGCUCUGCUUCUACAACAUGCUGGGUCUGUUUACAGUCAACCGAGAGCAUGCCAUUCUCAACCUCCAAUACAAGGAUCUGCUGUUGACGGUUCAACGGGAUCCACAUGGGGGCCCUCCAGUACCGAUGGUUGACUUCACCCCGCGAUGCGUUAAGAAAAAGAUGGGGAUGAAGAACCUUAACUCGUUUAUUCUGCCGGAGAUUAUCUAUGGGAUCUCUCUUGUCUUUAGUCCUCAUGUCUUUCUCUUCGGCUUUCUAUUUCAUGCCAAUGCGUUCGAGAAUCCCUCUCUUCGAUCGAUGGAGGAUGUCCGAAGGCUAUUCCCCGAGGAUGGCUGCCAGGAGAUGCCAUUACCCUUGAAACACGAGAUGAUGGAUUGCUAUGUCUUCUGCAAGGUUGAUGUUGUAGACGGGGAAGCUCGCAUUCUACGAGAUACCCCCAUGACCGCUGGGGCUUUGGAUUCUCAGAUGAAGAGUCUAAGUGAGAUCCAUGGAUUCCUCAACCCGUUUUACUCCCACCAGUUUCGCUAUGGUGGGGGCAAGCUGCUCGAUGAAAGUGGAUUUGUCAGUGAGGCACAGAGGAAUGUGAUCAUGAAUCAUGCAAGCAGCCGCACCUUCAUCAGACACUAUCGCGUGCGUCAACACUCCGGCCUGCAAGAGAUCAUGUGCGGCCUUGACCCGGACGAGGAGUGGGGGCGGGCAGUGACACGGAUGAGCAGAUAUCGCGACAAACGCCGGCCACGUCACCUUUCCGAUGCGGAGAGGGCUUCCGCGGAAGAGGAUCCAGAGCUCCAGGCUGCCAUCCAUGUUCAUGAGAGCUUGGCUGAUCUGUACAGGCGCACACAGGAUCCUGCCUUGAUUCCCCUGUUGUCUCGGAGGCAACAGGAAGUCACCAACACACGACGCCGGCUGCAGGAUAGAUUAAAGCAUGUCUUGCGCCAGGAUUUCAGUCGAAAACAGGCGGUGAUCGAUAUCGAACGCCAGCUAUCUGGGUCAGCAGUCAACGACGAACAUUCCCAGCAAGUGCCGCGGAGGGAAUUCGAGAUGCCGCCGGCCCAGAUCCAUCUGCUGGAGAACCUCCUUACCUGGCCCACGUCCGACUCCCUGGAAGAUGAGUGGCAACGACGCAACAAAGGAGUGGGGGCCGUGACAGAGUACUGUGAUUUCCCAGAGGGCGGCCCUCUGCGGGGACGGCCGCCGAAGCGGAGACUGUCGCCCGAGGAGGCCCCCCAAAAGGUUGGUUCCCCUGCAAAGAAGGCCAGGCUGGAGGAUCAGCCAACUAUAUCCCGGCAGGAGGAAAAAAAUCAAGCAAUUGAGAAAGACACUCCCACUGUAUCAGAGCCGGAGAAAUGCUUUCAGUGUCCAAAGAAGGUUAGCUAG